CUUGGGCUCCCUGUCACCCUCCCCCUAACCUCCAAACUCCCACCUCCCCUGCCCGUGGCCCCUCACCUCUGACCCUCCCCCAAACUAGUACACUGACCCCCCAAUUCUGACCUCUUCCAUCCCCGAGUCCUAACCUCUGACCCUGAACUCUACAUUCCGAACUUUUCUUGCCUCUGACCCCCGACCACUUACCCCCAUGAUCUUUCCCCUUCAUCUCUGACCUUUUUCCUGACACCCCCCCUUCCCAUUCCCUGACCUCUGAACCCGGCCCCUCCUCUUUGGCUCUGUCCCAGACCUGGUGGGUCUCUGACCUGGCCGGGCUUGCCUUUUACCUCUGACCUCUUACCUCUGGUCUUUGCAGAUAGCCCCUGCUCUAUGGGCUCUUUCCCGCCGCCUACUCCAGCUCUCCCUCCGUCCCCAGACAGACAGAGGGGUGGUCCCUAGAGUUCCCCGUCUCCAUGAGCAUGCUGUCCCCCUGCUCUGUCUCAGGCUGCCAUGGAGCCCCGGGGGCUGGACCCCCGACCAGUGCAGCCGGCUGAUCGGGCGGUCCGCAUCCGGCACCGGAGGACCAAGCGGGAGCGAAACCAGGCGAGGGCCGGCAGAGGCCCCGGGGCCAGGGGUCCCCGGGCGCCCCGCGCUCGGCCAAGGUGCUCGCUGGCCCACAGGGACCCGGCCCUGGGCCCCCCCGCACCCCAGCCCGUGGUCAUCACCCAGGGUCGGCUGAGCCGGGCACACCGGGGCUUCCUGAGCAGCGAGGUGAAGUCCCUGAAUGUGGACCGGCUGCUGGGUGGCCUGGCGGAGGAGGUGAGCAGCCCCCCAGCCGGGGAGGCCCCAGAACCCACAGUCGCCGGCACCACCCCGUGCACUUCCUGGGGAGAAGAGCCCAGCCCACUGCCAGCCAAGGGCAAGGAGAAUGAAGCCCCAGGAGAGCCCAGCCCGUGCCCCCCCAGCCCUCGUACCCUGCUGGAGGAGCUUCAAGCGCAGCUGCAUCUUCCUGGGGCCUUCCCCAGGCGCAGCCUGGUCCAGGAGGCCCGAGCAGAGAUCAUGGGGGCGCUGCUGGCCCACUACGGGGAGUUGCCUGACCUCAGCCAGGUCCUUAGGGGCCUCCGGGAAGAGGGAGCAGGGCCAGAGCCUGCAAUCUCAGAGGAGUGGAGGAUGGUGCCCCGGGAUCGAGACCACACUGAUCAGCAGGCCCUGAUGGAGAGCAGGAGGAGGAGGAGGAGGAAGGGGAAAAGGGAACUUGUGUUUACCUUGGGGGCCACCCCGAGCCCACCAUCCACCGAGAAGGACUGGGUAUUCCUCACAAGAUUCUGCUUCCUGUCUGACUAUGGCCGGCUGGACUUCAGGUUCCGAUAUCCCGAGGCCAAGUGCUGUGAGAACAUCCUCCUCUACUUCGAUGACCCUUCCCAGUGGCCUGCAGUGUACAAGGCCCAGGACAAGGACUGCUUGGCCAAAGAGGCAGUGAUUCGGCCCGAGAAUAACCAAGUGAUCAAUCUCACUACCCAGUACCCCUGGUCCGGCUGUCAAGUGGUGUCCGAGGGGGGCGUCCGCUACCUCAGCUGCUCCAGCGGCCGCAGCUUCCGAUCGGUGCGAGAGAGAUGGUGGUACAUCGCCCUCAGCAAGUGCGGGGGAGAUGGGCUGCAGCUGGAGUACGAGAUGGUGCUGACCAAUGGAAAGUCCUUCUGGACCCGACACUUCUCGGCUGAUGAAUUUGGCAUCCUGGAGACAGAUGUGACCUUCCUCCUCAUCUUCACCCUCAUCUUCCUCCUCUCCUGCUACUUUGGUUACUUGCUGAAAGGCCGACAGCUGCUUCACACAACCUACAAGAUGUUCAUGGCAGCGGCAGGAGUGGAAGUCCUCAGCCUCCUGUUUUUCUGCAUAUACUGGGGUCAAUAUGCCAGCAAUGGCAUCGGCAAUGAGAGCUUGAAGAUCGUGGCCAAACUGCUGUUUUCUGUCAGCUUCCUCAUCUUCUUACUGAUGCUGAUCCUGCUGGGAAAAGGCUUCACUGUGACACGGGGCCGGAUCAGCCACUCAGGCUCCGUGAAGCUCUCUGUCUACAUGACACUGUACACACUCACACACGUGGUUCUCCUUAUCUAGGGGCUG